AUGGAAAUUCGCGAUGCUGCUCAGGACUCGUUUGUAUUGACAAACUCGGGGAUGAGAAUUUUGGACUAUGUGUGGAACCCCGCAAGGAUGAGAAAGAUUGCAAAGCAAAGGGCGACACUUGCACCCCAAAUUCUAAAGGACGCCAUGGAAACUCUCGAUGCUGCUCAGGACUUGUUUGUUUCGAUAAACCCGGACAUGCCGAUUUUGGACGAUGUGUGA